AUGGUUGUUGAUAUAGUAACGGUAUUAAAAGGAAGCGAGAUACAUGACAGAAUACAUAGGCUGUUAUCUUUAAUUUCUCUUCUCAUAAUUAUUCUUGUUUUUUGUUUAAGCAAGAAGGAAACAGUAUUCUUAGCUAAUGAACGAAUCAAUUACUGGCAAAAUCUUAGAUUUAGGCUUAAAAGUCAUGAAACUAGUAAUGGACACAUGCAUAACAUGAGAAGAUGGAUUGAAUUAGAAAGGAGAUUACAACAGAAUUUAACAAUUGAUAAAGCCGUGCAAGAUCUAAUCAACAAAGAUAGAGAACAUUGGAGAGAAGUUUUUGUGAGGAAAGUUUCUAUUGUUAGCUUUCCAUGUAAGAAUAAUUUGGCAUUUUGGGGGACUAAUGAGAAAAUUUAUGAAAAAGAUAAUGGGAGUUUUUCAUGUCUAAUUGAAAUGAUUGCAGAAUUCGAUCUAUUUUUGAGGAAACACAUCCGUCGUAUUCAAGAAAAAGAAAUUCAUCAUAAUUACCUUAGUGACAAAAUUCAAAAUAUGAAACUCGAAGAAUUUUUGAAACAUGACAUUGAUUCUGACAUUGAUGGAUCGGAGUUAUUUUCUGAGCUACAAAUUGCUGCUCGUAGCUUAGCUUUGAAAAAGCUCGAGUCCGCUCAGCUUGAGGCUCGUGAGAACCGAGUCGAAGUUCGGACCAAGCCCCAUUUUGGGGUGCCCGAGAAGCUUCUCAAAGUUGAAAUUGAUAAAAUCCUAUUUUUGAUCACCAAUGUCCCAAGAAAGAUUGAAUGUGGUCAUGUUGUAAUAUUUGAUAUAAACAUUUUGUACGAGUUUAUUCAAUUUUAUUCUAAUAGUUCGAAUAACCAGCAAUAUAACAUUGUGGUUUUGUGCAGAGUGGAGCGUAGUCCUCCUCUAUUGAGGGUGACGAUGACCAAGUUUGCUCCAUCAAUGAACAGUAGGGUUCUCUUUGAUCUUGGAAUUUUGCCACUUUGCCAGAAUCAAAAGUUGUAA